CCAUCAUGAUCGUCGCCUCCACCACCAAUUAUUAUCAGGAGGACUGACGAAAUACCCUUUGAUGGCUACGUAUUUUUUAUCGUAAAAAUGCACAAAAAAAGAAAAAGGGAUUUAUAACAAGGUAAUUGGUAAAGGUUGUUGAGCAGAUUCCUCAGGGCACCAAUAAUAUUUUGCCACAAAAUGUGUUUAUGAGCUCACCUCAUUGAAAGCGACUGACUUGUUGGCUUUAGAAUUAGAAACGACCAGCGGUGCGAUUUGCUGGUUAGUGAAUUGUAGUGUAAUUUACAAGUGACUCCGUAAAAGAGUCGAGCACCAGGAAAGAGAGAGCUUGAGAGAGGGAGAGAUGGGUCUGCUCACCAACAGAGUGGAAAGAAGUGAAAUCAAGCCAGGGGAUCAUAUCUACACAUACAGGGCUAUCUUCGCUUACUCUCACCAUGGUAUAUAUGUUGGUGGAAGCAAGGUGGUCCAUUUUACUCCCAGGAACAAUGCGGAUUCAGGCUCUGAUACAUCUGAUCUCUAUGACUCAAUAUCAAGCAUUCCCACAUCCUGUGAAAUCUUUCCCGACUGUGGAUUUAGGCAACCCAAUAGCGGGGUAGUUCUCUCCUGCCUGGACUGCUUCCUUAGAAAAGGAUCCCUUUACUGCUUUGAAUAUGGGGUACCUCCUGCUGUCUUUCUAGCAAAAGUACGGGGAGGCACAUGUACAACUGCACCAUCUGACCUACCAGAAACAGUUAUUCACCGAGCAAUGUACCUUCUUCAAAAUGGAUUUGGCAAUUAUGAUGUUUUUAAGAACAACUGCGAGGAUUUUGCUAUGUACUGCAAAACAGGUCUUCUGAUGAUGGACAAGCAGGGGGUUGGACGAAGUGGUCAAGCUUCUUCAGUCAUUGGUGCUCCAUUAGCCGCGCUUCUUUCAUCACCUUUAAAGUUGCUAAUGCCAAGUCCUGUUGGUGUUGCUACAGUAACAGCUGGGAUGUACUGUAUGAGUAGAUAUGCUACAGAUAUAGGUGUUCGAACUGAUGUGAUCAAGGUUGCUGUUGAAGACCUGGCUGUGAAUCUAGGAUGGGUAGAUCCUGAGGAGGAAGUCUCUGAGGAUAAUGAGCUUUCACACAGUCUGAUUGCCAGAUGACUUUAAUUUCAUCACCAUUCCUGUGAAGCUAGUCACACAUGCAUUGCUACCAUGGUAUGAAUUAAUAAAAAUUUGUUCAUGUGGGAAUUCAUUUUUUUUCUUUAUCUUCCAUUGUAAGUAUGUAGAACAGUUACCGUGUACUCAACUGCUGAAUGAUCAUUCCUUGGAAUGGUCUAUUCUAUUUUGUAACUGUAUUACUGAAAUUCAACUCGGUUUGAUUUUAUGGUAUGGAAUAUGAUGGAUUUUUAUCAGUUA